AUGUCUCAGUGUCUCCUGUGGCUGGGGCUCACCCUACUGGGAGUCCUGCAGACCCAGGUUCAUGGCUCAGGUUCAGACCUGAUCCCACUCCCACCUCUAGAUCUGGUCCCUGUGCAGGCUGAGUUCCGUGAAGACCUGUUUCAGGGAAAGUGGUACAUCAUAGCCCUGGCAGGAAAUGCAGUUCAGAAAAAACUAGGCUCCAUUAAUAUGUUCACCACCACCUAUCAUCUGACAGAAGGCCACAGCUACAACGUCACCAACACCCUGAUCAGGGACAACCAGACCUGCUCCUACUGGACAAGAGCAUUUGUUCCAGUUUCCCAACCUGCUGAGUUCACCAUGGGCAAUAUUGAAAAUUUCCCACAUAUCAAGAACUACCUCAUGCGAGUGACAGCCACCGAUUACAACCAUUUUGCAAUCAUGUUCUUCAAGAAGACUGCCAAAAUGCAGAAUAAAGAGACAGACUACUUCAAGACUAGCCUCUAUGGGAGAACCAAGGAUCUGCCCGUUAAACUGAAGGAGCGCUUCAUCCAGUUCGCCAAUAUGCUGGGCCUCACUAAUGACCACGUCCUCUACCCCGUCCCCACAGGUGCCUUCUGUCUCUCCAUCCCAUCCUUCCUGAUGCCUCCGCCCAUGUUGCCCCCAGCUGCCCAUUUCUAG